AAUCAAAAUGCACGAACUAUAAAACCGACCAUCCUCAUCCCCGCCAUCACUUUCUGCGUCAUCAUCGAGCCGGCAAUGUGCGGGUUGCGAUGGCUGUCACGCCAUUCCUCAGCAAAGCUGCCCGCUUUGCCUUUUUUCCCUUUUAAAUGGCGAACGCUAGCUCGUUAGCUCGGUGACCCCUUCUCUCCGUGUUGGCUGGAGCUCAGCGGCCAGCUAGCCAGCCCCAGUCGGGAAAAGGCACAAUGUUAGCGCCGAGGAACCGACGCUUCUAUGCCCGAACGGCCACUCCAAUCCUAACCGUGUGGGUGACCAACGUGCCCCGAAACCACGAAAGCAGCCAUAUUUCCCAUUCAUAGCACAUUUAUUGUCGGACCUGCGAGGGGAAGGAGGGGUUUGGUUGCUAGCGCGCUAGCUGGCUAAUGCUAACGUAUCAGGAAUGAUUGCAUCUUAGCUCGCUAGCUAGCAUAGUUAGCAUAGCUAGCCUAGCUAGCCUAUACCACUGGCCUGCUGUGCCCCGUCACUGCAUGUCAAGCCCAAGUGUCGCUUUCCAACGUCUAAGGCGUUAAUCCCGUUAUGGGGGACAUGAAGACCCCAGAUUUUGAUGACCUGUUGGCAGCGUUCGACAUCCCCGACAUCGAUGCCAAGGAGGCCAUCCAGUCUGCCCCUGAUGAGGCAGAGGGACCGCACGCAGCCACUGGGGCGCCUUUGGGAAAGACGGAUAACGUGGUGGGGUCGUCCAUGAGCCCCUCGGACCCUCAGGGGGACACCUCCAUUGUUAGCGUGAUUGUGAAAAAUAAGGUGCGCGUGGAGGCGGAGGAUGGAGAGGACACGGACACGGACCAGGAUGCUAUUGAUGUGAUCGCAGGGGUGGACGUGGGGCCCCGUCUUGGAGCGUGUGCCCCGGGGAUGGCAGAAUCGGAUGUUCUCAACCACAACGGUUUUGGGGUGUCUACCAUCAGCCAGUCCAACGGCGCCCCCUGGCCAAUGAAUGUCCCAAAAGUGGCGGCGGAAACGUCGGGCGCCGGUCCCGCCAAGGCAGCCAAACAAGGGGGGAACAUUUUUAACAGACUUAAACCUCUACUAGGCCCCGGUUCUGGAGAUCCUGUGGGCCGGGCCAGGAAGAUGCAGCUGCUGCAGCAGCAGCAGGACACGGGACAGGAGAGAGCGGACGGCCUCAAAGCGCCGCUGCCCUCGUCCUCCGCCGGACUCGCCCCGACUUAUUUCCCGCCCGCGAAGUCGCUCCCCACCCCGCCUGCUGCGCUCUCGUCACAUCCGCUGCACGCACCCAAGCCUUUUAACGGCGCCCCCAAAAUGGCCGGCUAUCAGCAGCAGCAGAUGGAGGAAGAAGAGGAGGAUUCUGACGUGGAUUUGGACAGUCCGCUCGUGAUCCAGGAGAAUCCGGACUCGCCAGGUUCCAGUCAGAUGAACCGCCGUUACAAGUCAGACCAGUCCAAGUCGUCCACUCCAUCUCAGCCUAAAUCGGGGGACACGCCCCAGGGGACGUCACUGACCCUUCAGUCAGGAUCCACAGACAACCCCCAGUUGGAGGAGAAGCACCCAGAACACGUCAUCGAGGAGAGGGACUCGCCGGAGAGCCCCGAACCGGAGAUGCCCAAAUCCACUGCUCAAGCGGCGUCCGCCAAAAGGUGCUCCAGCCCGGCUGUGGCCCCCACGCCACCUGCUGCGGACCUGAGGGAGCCCAAGGAGGAGGAGGAGGAGAUGGAGGUGGGCAACGGUGUAGAUAAGGUGGUGGACAGGAACGCUGACAAGGCAGACGACUCCAGCGAGGAGAAGAUGGAGGUGGACGUGGGCAAGCCUAAAGUGGUUCCUGCUGAGGGCGAGGGGGCGGGGCUUGUCCCACCGGCUACUUCGGGGGCUCCCUCGCGGCCCCUGAAGGUCAGGAUAAAAACCAUCAAGACCUCUACUGGUGGGAUAACGAGAACGGUCACCAGGGUGGCCCCAAAAGGCGGUGCUGGGGGGAAAGGUCAGGACCCCAAAGGAGGCGGGGAGCGUAAGGCGUUGGCGAGCAAGACCCAAAAGACCGACACGUCUCAGCAGCAGAAAGUCAGCGCCCUCAACGCCCUCCCCGUGUCCACGCUCGCCGCGAGCAGCGUCAUGCUCGCCGCUGCCACUAAAGUGCAAAACAAGAUGGCCACCGCCGACAAGGCCAAGGUGUCCGUCACCGCCGUGAACAUCACAAAGUCCGCCGCCGCUCUUCCUGCCACGCCUGCCGUGGCCUCCUCCCCCAAGUUCUCAGUCGCUGCCGGUGGGAUCAGUGUGAGGACGGCCACCAAGGGAGGGGGCGGCCCCCCCCAGUCCAGUAAGCCCGCCUCCAUCGUGAACAGCACGGGUGCUGUCAUCUCCAGAAGCCAGUCCAGCCUGGUGGAGGCCUUUAACAAGAUCCUCAACAGUAAGAACCUCCUGCCCAGCUAUAAGCCCGACCUCUCGGCGCCGCCGCCCCCGGAGUGGGGUCUCCCGCUGCCGGCCACGGGUUACCGCUGCCUGGAGUGCGGCGACGCCUUCGCGCUGGAGCGCAGCCUGGCUCGCCACUACGACCGGCGCUCGCUGCGCAUCGAGGUGACGUGCAACCACUGCGCCAAGCGGCUGGCCUUCUUCAACAAGUGCAGCCUGCUGCUGCACGCCCGCGAGCACAAGGAGCGCGGCCUGGUCAUGCAGUGCUCGCACCUCGUCAUGAGGCCCGUCACCGUGGAGCAGAUGAUCGGGCAGCAGGACGUCACGCCCGUCGCCAGCGUCCUCUCCUCUUCGUCGUCCUCUCCCUCCUCUGCCGCCGCCACGCCCGGAGCCGCCGCCGCCGCCUCAGCCGGCUCCAGCCCGAUGAAGGACGCGGGGUCCACGGCCACGGGCGGCCAGGUGCGCCAGGUGCGCCGCACUCCCCAAGCGCUGAUGCCCCUGCCGUGCAAGAAGGCCGAGAGUCUUCACUACAACAACUACAAGUGUCCCGAGUGCCAAACGCAGUUCUCCAGCAAGGCGGCGCUGAUCACACACUUCCAGCAGAUCCGAGCCGCGCCCAAUUCGACGUGCUCACAGUGCUCGCCUCCCAUGAUGCUGCCCAACUCGUGCGCCGUGUCGGCCCACCAGAGGGUCCACAAACACAAGGCGCCUCACGUGUGCCCCGAGUGCGGGGGCGUGGCCCGGCAGGCCAGUUUCCAGGCCCACCUGGAGGAGGCCUGCCUGCACUUUGCCAGGCGCAUCGGCUACAGGUGCGCCAGCUGCCAGGUGGUCUUCGGGGGGCUGAACUCCAUCAAGUCCCACAUCCAGACGGCUCAUUGCGAGGUCUUCCACAAGUGUCCCAGCUGCCCCAUGGCCUUCAAAUCGUCCCCGAGCGCCCAGAGCCACAUCGGCACGCAGCACCCCGCGCUCACGGGAGGACAGGCCAAGAUGAUCUACAAGUGUGUGAUGUGCGACACCGUCUUCACCCAGAAGCCCCUGCUCUACAUGCACUUCGACACGCACUUGGCCAAGCAAAAGGUGCACGUGUUCAAGUGCCCCGACUGCACCAAGCUGUACGCCCAGAAGGGGUCCAUGAUGGAGCACAUCAAGACGACGCACAGAGGCCCGGCAGCCAAACAGGACGCCGCGUCGGACGCCUCCGGUGCCGCCCUGGCCCCCGCGUCCGGCCCGUCCGGCCUCAAGGCCAAACCCUCCGCCAAGCCCGACAACUCUGACGGCGAGGACUGGGGGCGGGAUCACGAGGAGGAAGACGACGAGGACGACGACGACGAAGACGAUGCGGACGACGACUUCGAGGCGCCGACGGCAGCCGGCGGCGGCGGCGCCCAUCCCAGCACCCAGACGGAGUGGACCUGCCCGCAGUGUCACAGCACCUUCACCGACAACGACGACUAUCUCACUCACGUCAAGAUGGAGCACGGCAAGUUCCCCUGUCGCAUCUGUGGAGGCAACUUCAGCACCUCCUCCAGCCUCCGCCGCCACGAGAGGGUCAUCCACGAGGGCAACAAGAGGGUCUUCCAUUGCCAGUAUUGCACAGAAGGCAAACGUACCUUUGGCAGUCGCUUCUUGCUGGACAAACACAUUCGACUCAAGCACAGAAGCUCUGAUGGACAGGUGACCCCCGUGGUGAGGAAGCGUGCGGCCGCCGGCGCCGAAGGUCCAGGAAGUUCCUCAGAGCAGGACGGCGAGGGCGGGGCUCCCGGAGGCAAGCUGGGAGACGAGGACGAGAACACGGCGGAGGACGGCGAGGAAGGAGGCGUCCCCACCAAGAGAACCAGGGCGUCUGUGGGAGAGUUAGAGGAAGAAAGUAGCAUUUUCCGCUGCGUGCCGUGCGGCUUUUCCACCGAGGACGGCGCCGAGUUUCAGCGCCACAUCCCGCAGCACCGUGCCGACACGGCUUCCUUCCAGUGCCUGCAGUGCGGCGUCUGCUUCGCUUCGGCCGGCUCCCUGGGGCGCCACCGCUUCAUUACUCACCGCGUGAGGGACAACCAGGCCGAGGGCGACCGCGGUGCGCCGCGCGCCUCUCCCGAUGUCUCGCCCUCCGCCGCCGCCGCCUCCCCGCAGGGCCUGGAGGACGCCGACGGCAAUCUCAUCUGCAAGGUGUGCGGGCGCCGCUUCGACAAGGCCUCAGACCUCAACACCCACUUCCGGACCCACGGCAUGGCCUUCCUCACGGCGCACAAGACGGACAAGCCCCAGUAGAAGGGGGGGCGGGGCCUCGUCAAGCCAGCCUACCAAUGUCGAUGCUGACUUGCGGCUUUUUACCACCACCAAGGACUUUUAGCUCGCCUUCAUGCAUGUUUGAGCGUCUGACCCUCCUUGAGUCAAGCAUUUAUAGCCGCACUAACAUCGCCUCCACCCGGGUCCCUCAAAACCCGCAAGGACCCCCCCCGGUCGUCGGCCUCAAACAAGACGUCAGUGCGCACACCACCCACUGCACGCCCCUCCCCACCUUUCGUACUUUAUGCUAACCUCAACCCUCGCCUGGGCGCCAUCAGACUGGUUUGUACUAUUUAUUAUUUAUAUCAAAGAGCGCUAAUUUCACGUCAGGAUCGUUGCUCACGCUUUCAUUUUGCCAUGUAAAUACAUAAUCACACUACAAAGACAUUCUGGAGGUAGUAACUUGCUAUGAUAAUGUGAAUACGUGUAGUAUUUGUACUUGUACCCCCCCCCCCCCCAACACACUUUUUUUAAUCGUCGAGGUAUAAAAGCCUGCUCCCUAGAGGCCACAUGUUGUAUUACAUGUCUCCAUAGUGUAUGACUACAGAUGCUUUUCUAUCUGCAGACUAUCACAUUUCUUUUGUAAUGCUUCGAAAACAAGCCUUCACUGUGUUGUUUUUAUCUUUUUAUAUGUCACAUCAUAUUUAUAGAGAUCAAUAAUAGUUCUUUUCUUUCUCCAUGGUUGUGAUCUGCUUGCUAAACAAAUAAAAUCAUGCCAUACAUACACUUUUGUGCCGUUUGGAAAUAAACGUGAAAGAAGAUGGCGUGUUGGUCUUUUGUAAAAAACAUCUUUU